AUGGCUCCAAUCCUCAACUUCCAUGCUGGAUCCCUGCCCAGCUUUGCGCUUCGCCUCAAGUCGGAUGACUCGCUCGAGAGCCUCAAGACUCGUGCAGCCAAGAAGAUCCGACUCCAGCUCGACGAUGGCAUCCCACUCGUGAUCAAGUACGGCUGGUCUGGCCAGACAUACACCCUCGAAGACUCUGACGACUGGGACAUCUUUCUCGAACGAUUCGGCAACGAGAAGGAGGCUAACCUUUACCUCGAAUCGCCCGAGAUCCCAUCCCACACGGCCGCGGACGAGCACUCUGCUGACGGCGCACACGACGGACCCAACGUGCCUGUCGUUGACGAGUCCACUUUGGUGCACCGCACUCCCGGUCGAGGCAAGAGCGGCGGCGUGAGCAUCCACCGCGUCGCUGCUCCUUUCGUCCCCUCGGCCGACGACUACAACGAAGCAGGCGGAGUCACUGCCGGUGGCCGGGACUCGAUCAUGUACCCUCCUCCUCGCGAGCCCGCUCCUGCACCCGGCUACAGCAAGCCCGUCGCGCCCGAGCUUCCUGGUCCCAAGGCGACUCACGACGACGCAGUCUCGACCUAUACUUCCAAGACGCGCAAGACAAACCAGACCGUCUCAUCAAUCCCCUCUCACAAGACUGCCUUCCAGGAGUUCCACUCGCAGCUCGGCGUUCGCCUGCUCAAGGGCAGCAUCGGCCCCAUCCAGGAUGUGCCCAUGAUGCUCAAGUCCGGUUACCGUCACGUCUACGUCAGCCGCAGCUUUGCACUCAACCACGGUUUCAUCCCCAAGGACACCACUCCGGGCACCUAUGGUUUCAACGGUAUUACCAACCUCGGCAAGUGGCCGGUGCAGGUCGGAUCCAAGGCGGUCCCGUGCACGGUGAUGCUCGCCGAAGACAGCUACUUCCCCGUCAUCUUGGGCAGGAGCUUUAUGGAGAAGCGUGGAGUGCGCACCGACCCGAUCGACAUGACCUCAGUCACGUUUAUGGACAACGGUGAGCGCGCCGAUGUUGAGGUCGUCGUCGUGCGCGACGAGCACGGAGAGCCCGUGCCUAUUCCUUAA